UUGUAGGAAGUUACUACUUCUCUCUGCUUUAUCUCAUAAGUACUUUUUCUUUUGUCUCUCUCUCUCUCUCUCUCUCUCUCACACAUAAACUAACUUUAUUCCCACUAAACUCACCUCUAAAAAGAAGAUGAUCCUCACUUGAUCCUCCUUGUGUUUACAAACCAACAUAGCCUCCCUUUCUUUCUUUCUAUAUCUCUCUUUCUCUCUCUCCCUCACAAAAACUACAAAGGAAGAAAACAAACACUCUCUUUUGUUCUUGUUUGUUCCUACAUACAAACCAACUUGUUUCUAUUUUUUGCAUGAACGUUAUCUAUAUCUUAAACAGUGCUUCUUAAGUAGUUGUUAUUAAUGGCAUCACCAUCUGAACUAGGCUUGGAUUGCAAGCCACAUAGCUAUUCUAUGUUACUGAAAUCAGUUGGAGAACAGAGUGAUCAAAGCUAUAAGCUUGAAGAGUUUCUUUCUCGUUUAGAGGAAGAACGUCUCAAGAUUGAUGCUUUCAAGCGUGAACUUCCUCUCUGCAUGCAACUUCUCACCAACGCCAUGGAGGCAUCAAAGCAACAACUUCAAGCCUUCAAAGUGAAUCAAGGAACAAGACCAAUUCUGGAAGAAUUCAUACCAGUAAAACAAGUAACCUCAGAAACCUCAGAAAAGACAACAAAUAAUAAUAAUGUAUCUGAUAAAGCAAAUUGGAUGACAAGUGCACAACUAUGGAGCCAAACAAGUGAAUUAGGAACAAAACAACAACAAUCCUCAAAUGAUGAAACAGAUAUUAAUAUUGGUUUCAACAUUAAUAGUCCAAAAGCAGUUAUAGAAAACAACAACAAACAUAGAAACGGUGGAGGCUUUCUACCAUUCUCAAAAGAAAGAAACAGCUCAUGCAGUCAAGGACAUAAUACUCUCCCUGAACUAGCACUUGCCUCUAACCAAAAGGAAGUGGUUGAAGAUAAAAAACAUGUUGCAGAGGGAGAGAAAGGUGAGAAGAGGGAAAAUAACAAUAUUUCAGGGAAUGAAGUUGUUGAUCAUAAAGGGAGUCCAGUAGCAUCAUCUCAUACUCAUACUCAAACAACAACAAACACCAAUACUCAUAGGAAAGCAAGAAGGUGCUGGUCACCUGACUUGCACCGUAGAUUUGUUAAUGCUCUUCAAAUGCUUGGUGGAUCUCAAGUGGCAACACCAAAACAGAUAAGGGAAUUGAUGAAGGUAGAUGGUUUGACCAAUGACGAAGUGAAAAGCCAUCUGCAGAAAUAUAGGUUACACACAAGAAGGCCAAGCCCAAGUGCACAAACGGGUGCACCAGCAGCACAACUAGUAGUUUUAGGAGGAAUAUGGGUCCCACCAGAAUACGCAACCGCAGCAGGACACACAGGAACACCAACUCUCUACGGUGCGCAUCCUACAUCUCAUCAUGUUACGCUUCCCCACUACUGCACCGCUCCUGGACAAGACUACUACACUACUGCACCACCACCGCCUCAUCAGCAGCUACUUCCGCCGCCUCACCAUAUGCACCACCAUCUCUACAAGACUACGCCGCACGCCCAGGGUUCGCCGGAAACACCUGGGGAUGAGUUGGAGAGUAUUGAGAAUGGGAAGUCGGAGAGUAGUAGCUGGAAAGGAGGAGAGAGUUGUGAGAAUGAUGGAGACAGGAAAGCCUUGGCGGAUGAGAGUAAUGGGAGCGACGUUACUCUCAAAUUUUAACCAUUUUUAUUUUAACAAAUUAGAAUCAGGGUUUUCUUUUUCAUGUCAUCAGACUAUUCAUCAUUCAACAAAAAUGAUUAUUAAUUAAAUUAAAUAAAAAUAUCUUAGGUGACUUUUAUGUGGCAGUUAAGUAUAUAGUGCAUACUGCAUGCAGUUUAGAGGACAGAAAAGUGAGUCUUUGUUCUUUUGUUUUUCUGGUGAAUUCUGUUAUGUACUAUACUCUAAAGAGGGAAGAAUCAUAUUAUCACUCUUGGCGUUUUCUGGUUUUUCAGUUAGA